AUGAUUCAAGCGGUGCUUCUGAUGGCUACCGUACUUGGCGCCUCCGUGUAUUAUUGGAAUCAUAAUCGAGAAUUGGCGCUGGAGAACUACACAAAUGGAAAUGAUAUUCUAUUGAAGACUGUCGGUGGGUUACUGUAGUACUACUGUAGGUUCUAGACUAGACUAUAGUUUCAGAUUUUCAUCCGAUUUUGUGGAAUAAAUGCCAAUGGCCGAAUUUGGACAAAAAUGAGGAGGAUAUUCGGAAAUUUUUGAGAAAAAAGAUACGGUGGGUUACUGUAGAGGUUGGGGUACUGUAGAGUGUACUAUAGGUCUAUGGGUACCUCAAGAUAAAUCUUCUUACUGUAGAAUUCCCUCAGAUUACUGUAGAAGCUCCCAGACUACUGUAGAAGCCCUCAGAUUACUGUAGAAGCCCUCAGAUUUCUGUAGAAGCUCUCAGAUUACUGUAAAAGCUCUCAGAUUACUGUAGCAACAUUUUCUAGCCCCGAAUGCGUCUCAAAAAUCCGCACAAAAUUCGAAGGGACCACCCUGCUCGUCAUGGGACCUGCCCAAAAUUCUGAAAAAAUUCGCUGCCGAAUUUUGGACCUAAAAAGCCUGGCCCAAGAUGACGUGGCAUUUGAUGAGCCCAAAAAUGUGACCGGAGCAUUUGGCGAGUUCAUUUUGGAGUGUCUGGAGGCGGAAACGGGUGCGGUUGUGGAGCGGAAAACGUUUUGGAAUGCGGAACGAGCGGAACAUGCGGUUGACGCGACGGCGGUGAGGUUUUUGAGGGGGAUUGCUCAUAUUAUACCUAAAUUUGAAAAAAAUAUGGCAUUGCUCAUAUUAAACUUCAUUUUUUUUUCUCAGAUGAAUCCGUCAAUCUCGGUGCUCUAUCUCAAAUCAAUGUCUCGCUCACAUUUCCUCCGAAAUUUUCCGGAAUUCCAGAAAAUUCUGAAAAACUACGGUAUGCACGAUUUUCAGAUGUUCAAUAAAAUGUCUGAAAAUGUCAGCGAAAAUGUGUGGAACACUUUUAAUUCGGAAAAUAAUGGAAGGAAUAUUGCGGAUUUUAUGAAAAGUGAGUUACAGGAAAUGCGUCAGCAAAUUUAGAAGCUACUAGAAAUGCGUCAGUGAAUCUAGAAGCUACUAGAAAUGCGUCAGCAAAUUUAGAAGCUUCUAGAAAUGCGUCAGCAAAUCUAGAAGCUACUAGAAAUGCGUCAGCAAAUCUAGAAGCUACUAGAAAUGCGUCAGCAAAUCUAGAAGCUACUAGAAAUGCGUCAGCAAAUCUAGAAGCUACUAGAAAUGCGUCAGCAAAUCUAGAAGCUGCCUGAAAUGCGUCAGUGAAUCUAGAAGCUACUAGAAAUGCGUCAGUGAAUCUAGAAGCUACUAGAAAUGCGCCAGCAAAUUUAGAAGCUACUAGAAAUGCGCCAGUGAAUUUAGAAGCUACUAGAAAUGCGUCAGCAAAUUUAGAAGCUUCUAGAAAUGCGUCAGCAAAUCUAGAAGCUACUAGAAAUGCGUCAGCAAAUCUAGAAGCUACUAGAAAUGCGUCAGCAAAUCUAGAAGCUGCCUGAAAUGCGUCAGUGAAUCUAGAAGCUACUAGAAAUGCGUCAGUGAAUCUAGAAGCUACUAGAAAUGCGUCAGCAAAUUUAGAAGCUACUAGAAAUGCGUCAGUGAAUUUAGAAGCUACUAGAAAUGCGUCAGCAAAUUUAGAAGCUACUAGAAAUGCGUCAGCAAAUUUAGAAGCUACCCGAAAUGCGUCAGCAAAUUUAUAAGCUACCAGAAAUACGUCAGCAAAUCUAGAAGCUACUAGAAAUGCGUCAGCAAAUCUAGAAGCUACUAGAAAUGCGUCAGUGAAUCUAGAAGCUACUAGAAAUGCGUCAGCAAAACUUUCUCACAAUAAAAAAUUUUCAGAUCGCUUCUGCUCGAUUUUCAGCAACGACGAGAGAUCUGGAAUUUGGGCCAAGUCGGAUUUUCAGAUUCCGAGAUUUCAGACAAGUCUAGACAAAGAUACUUGCGUCAACUCGGAUCCACAUCAAAAAUCGCUGGCCUGGCUAAAAUUGUGGGCCGAUUUUGAGCUAGCAAAUUCGGGAAAAUGUCAUUUUUCCCAGAUUUUUGUGGACAAUUUUAUAGAUCAUGGCGAUUUCAGAAUGGAUCAAUUAUUGAGGUAAGGCUGGAAAUGGCUGAAAAUAUGUCACGUUGCAUGGGAUUUUUGGAAAUCUUGGGAAAAUUUGUGAUUUUUUGACACCAAAUAUGAUUGGCGCAUUUUUCAGAGCUUCUGAAUUUGCUGACGCAUUUCUGGUAGCUUCUAAAUUUGCUGACGCAUUUCUAGUAGCUCCCCGACCCAAAAAUCCCCAAAAAUUUCAAAAUUUCCAGUGAAACAUUCCGAAAAUUUGCCGAAAAUCGCGUUUUGAACAAUACAAUCAUCCUGAUUUUGUCGGCCGAAGGAAUUCCGAUCGGAGAAUUCGGAAAUUCGUACACCGGAAAAGUGGAGGAACGAAAUGCCGUGCUGUUUUUGAGUGUUCCUUGGAAAUUGCAAAAACAUCGCAAGGAUCAUAGCUUCCAUUUGGAUAAGAAUCAGAAUUCGUGAGUUUUGUGUGGGAGGGGCGAGAGUGCAGAGAAGCUAGACAGUUAGAGACGCAGAGGGAUUAAGUGGCUAGAGAAAGCAGACAGCUAGACAGCUAGAGACGCAGAGGGAUUAAGUGGCUAGAGAAGCAGACAGCCAGACAGCUAGAAACGCAGAGGGAAAUACACUCCGCUCGUGCCGCUAACGCGGAAGAUUCCGGGGCGCUUCGCGCUAGACAGCCAGAUAGCAUAGGGGUUGAGAGAGUGCAGAGAAGCGAGAGGGUUAGAGACGCAGAAAAGCCAGACUCAGAGAAAGUAUGGCUUGAACGGCGCGGCCCGCGGACGAUUUUUCACCGAUUUUUGGGUGAAAAUCAUUACGCGGAUUCCGCGAAAAAAAUUUCGCGGACAGCGAAACUUCAGCCAAUGAGAGUCUAAUUUCGCGCAUUCCGCGAAAUUUUUUGACUCGGAAAUUUGAUUUUGCGUUUUUCGCGGAUUCGCGAAUGGACUCGAGAGGGAGGGUAUAAAAAGGAUAAAUUGUAUCGCGUACGCGACAACGAGGAUAGCGCAGCAAGGAAGAUGGAUGACUACAAAACGACAGGAUUGGGAUCGAGGCCGGGUUGGAACUACAAGUCAAUACUAACUUCUGAUAAUUAUCAGGGGUAGUGAAGCAUUUUUAUAUUUCGAGAGUGCAUUGCGCGGACGUUUCGCUAACAGCGGAGUAUAAUUUCGCGGACGUUUCGCUAAAGUUCUUGUGUCAGCCGCGGAUUGGCAGAUUUUUGGGUUUCGCGAACCGCGCCGUUCCAGCCAGACCUUCUCUGAGGACAGCUAGAAACGCAAAGGGAAAUACACUCGCUCCGCUCGUGCCGCUUACGCGGAAGAAUCCGGGGCGCUUCGCGCAAAAUUGCAUCAUGACGUGGCAAAAAAAUCGAUUUACACUAAACAACAGGCACGCGGAGUAUCGUUGUUUUACUUUUAAUUUUUUUUUUUGAAAAAAUCAAUAAUUCUGCCACGUGGCAAUUUGAAACUUUCAUUUUCAUUUUUUAAAAAAACUCCGCUUCUGUGAUUUUUGAUCGAAAAUCGAUAUUUCAAAUUGCUACGUGGCAGAAUUAUUGAUUUUUUCAAAAAAAAAAAUAAUAAAAGUAAAACAACGAUACUCCGCGUGCCUGCUGUUUAGCGUAAAUCCAUUUUUAGCCACGUCAUGAUGCAAUUUUGCGCAAAGCGCACCGGAAUCUUCCGCGUGAGCGGCACGAGUGGAGUGAGUGUAUUUCACUCUGCGUCUCUAACCCUUUAGCUUCUCUGCGUCACUAGAUGUCUAGCUUCUCUGCGUCUCUAACCCUCUAGCUUCUCUGCACUCUCUCCAUACCCUAUGCUAUCUCGCGCAAAGCGCCCCGGAAUCUUCCGCGUAAGCGGCUCGAGCGCAGCGAGUGUAUGUCCCUCUGCGUCUCUAACCUGAUUCCUCUAGUUGUCUCUGCACUCUCUGCAACCUAUUUGGGCUCAAAAAAUCGCAAAUUUUCUGAAAAUUCCGAAAUUUCCAGCCUAAUAACACACCGUGACGUGUUCGAGACCUUGGAAAGUUUCUCCAAAACUUCGGAUGAUCAACAAAUAAUUGAGCUAACUCCAGAAGAAUGGAAACAAAGAAAUCGCGAAAAUCGUGGAAUUUCCCUAUGGCAAACCUUGCAUUCAACCAAAAAUAAUUGCACAAUCUCAAAAAUUCCGGCUCAAAAUUGUCUUUGUAUGGAACCCCAAUUGGAAAUCGAAGCCGCCUACAACAAGACAAAUGAGAUGUUAGAUAGGCUAACUUAUAAAAUGAGCAAUGAUGCGAUUUCUGGCUCGGAUUGUCUUUCGAACAUUGAAAUUGAUCCAAAGUGGAAUUACACGGCGGUUUGGAAUUUGAACGGGGAAAUUUUACAGGGAGCGCAGGAAUAUGUGCAAUUUUUGACGGUUAGGAAUAUGGCCUAUGACGUGGCAAAUAGUAAUCGAAAUGUGAGUUUUGGGAGCAUUUUGAGCCCAAAUUCGGGUUUCUGAGCAUUUUUCUAUAGAUUUUGAGCCCAAAUUCGGGUUUCUAGGCCAUUUCUAAGCCCUGGAGUUCAGAAAUAUGGUUUCUAGGCCAAUUUUUAGGUUUCUAGGCCAUUUUUUGGGUUUCUAGGCCACUUUUCGGCUUUCUAGGCCAUUUCUAAGCCCUGGAGCUCGAAAAUACGAAUUUCAGCUCAUUUUUCACCCUUGGAGCUCAAAAAUAUUGUUUCUAGGCAAAUUUUUGGGUUUCUAGGCCAUUUCUAAACCCUGGAACCUAUUUUUGCUCAAAACAUGCAACGGAAUCGCGGAGUUUCGUUGUUUUCACAUUUAAAAAUUUAAAUGUCCCAUUUUACCGCUCCAGAAAUGCAACGGAAUCGCGGAGCGUCGUUGUUUUCGAAAUAAGUUGGUUUUCUAGCCAAAAAGCUCCACAGGAGCCCUAAAAACCACCAAAAUGCUCCAAAUUUUCUGGAGAUUUUGAAUUUUGCCCAUUUUUCAGCGUCACUUCAGCACAUUGGGUCAAUUCAAGCAAUACAUCUAUUCGGAUCCUUAUAGAAUCGAAGCCGCUUAUCCAUAUUGCCUAGCAAAUCACGCAUUUCAUUGUAAUGCAGGAUUUUUGCAUCGAUUUUGUGAAAUGUGUCAUAAUCAUCUACUUUUAUCCUAG